AUGAUUUGUUUAUCCUUACUUAGAAUUUGGCCACACAACAAGCAAAUCUACCGCUGUGCAGCUCGUAAAUUCACUUUUUUGUCUAGAAAAAUGGCUCAGGAAUACAAACUGAAAGGCAUUGAAACUCUCAACCUAACACCAGGUGAAAAAAGAGAGGUCGAAGUAGAAGGUGUAGAGAACGGCAAAGUACUACUUUGCAACGUAAAUGGAAGGAUCACAGCUCUUGGCUCGAAAUGCACUCAUUAUGGAGCUCCGAUGGUGAAAGGAGUCCUUACAUCAGAUGGCAGAAUUACAUGUCCUUGGCAUGGAGCUUGUUUCAAAGCCUCCAAUGGUGAUAUUGAAAAUGCCCCUGCAAUAGACGCUCUCCCUUCAUUUGAACUAUCGGAAAGGAAUGGCUCGAUAUUCAUCAAAGGCGAUGUUCAAGAUAUCAAGAGCAGCCGAAGAAAGCCCAAUCUCAAGAUAUGUGGGACCGCUAGUGCCGAGACAGUUACUAUUGUCGGUGCAGGAAGUGGAGCUUUAGCAGCAGCUGAAGCGCUUCGUGAAAAUGGAUUCAAAGGUAAAAUCACAAUGAUUGGUUGCGAGGGGUACCUUCCAAUUGAUAGGACGAAGCUGUCAAAGGCAUUGAUUGAUGAUCCAUCUAAAAUUGCUCUGAGGGACCAAUCUUGGCUAAAUGAUAUAUCGAUCGAUUUUAUUGAAGACGAAGUCACGUCUGUCGAAUAUACAUCAAAAAAGAUAACAACGAAGAGUGGAGGUACUUACGCCUUCAAAAAAUUGGUCAUUGCCACUGGUGGCUCACCAAGAAUGGUUUCUCUUCCCGGAUUCCAAGACUUAGAUGGAAUAUUUCCUCUAAGGACAAUCCAUCACGCAAGAAGUAUCAACGCCGCAGUUGGAUCAAAGAACAAAAAAGUUGUAAUAAUUGGUAGUUCGUUUAUCGGUAUGGAGGUUGCGAAUGCCCUGGUGAAAGAUAACGAUGUUACUAUUGUCGGUAUGGAGAGCGUACCAUUAUUGCGGGUAAUGGGAGAAAAAGUCGGCCAGAUCAUUCAGAAGACAUAUGAAGCAAACGGAGUGAAAUUCUUUUUGUCUGCAAAAAUCAGACAAGCUCUUCCUUCCCAAAUAGACCCAUCGAAAGUUGGUAGCAUCGAAUUAGAGGAUGGCACAAAUCUCCCGGCUGAUUUAGUUGUACUUGGGACUGGUGUAUUUCCUGCGACAAGUUUCUUAAAAGGCAACAGCGAUAUCAAGCUUCAAGAAGAUGGUUCUAUCAAGACCGACGAGAAUUUCUUAGUUGAAGGACUUCAAGAUGUCUAUGCGAUCGGCGAUAUUGCAAAAUAUCCUUACCACGGCCCAGGAGGUGAUGGUACACUUGUUCGUAUUGAACAUUGGAAUGUUGCCCAAAAUGCCGGGCGUGCUGCAGCAGCUCACAUUGUCGCUUCAAGCACUAAAUCUUCUCGAUUCAUUCCAAUUUUUUGGUCUGCUCUUGGUUCACAACUUCGAUACUGCGGCAAUACUUACAAUGGUUGGGAUGAUAUGGUCCUGAAAGGUAACCCUGAAAUUUCCAAAUUUAUUGCUUAUUAUACCAAGGGAGAAACUGUGGUAGCUGUGGCCACGAUGGGUGUGGAUCCUGUGGUUAUGCAGGCGAGUGAGCUGAUGAGGAUUAACGCCAUGCCUAGUAAGAGUGAACUGUUAAACGAUGUAGAUAUUCUCAAAAUAGGCAUUUCUAGGGAGGGAAAGAUGUAA